AUGAAUGAAAGUAGAUCAGGUUUUAAUAUUAAUAAUAAGACUUUUGUAACAAAAAAUAUUUCAGCUUUACUUAAGCAACUAGAAACCUUGAAAAGACUUCAAAUUGCUUGUAACAAAGAGGAUGAUACUUCUAGUUCAGAGACAGAAGGUACUGAUAAUAAG